AUGCCCUACCACUACCAGGGGCUAUUAUCAACAACACCUUCGAACCACUCCUCUCCUUCAUCCUAUGCAGUCAGUGAUUCUGGAGACGACCGAAGCUAUGCCACCUCAGCCAUAAGGACAGAGCCCUCGAACCACCGCUUCUCUCCAUACUCACCGCCUUCUAUACAAGUCACUGCGCCAUCGUUUUACAGUCCCUCCAACGGAUAUAGUUCUGGAUAUGCGCUCCCGCACCGACGGCCAUACCAAGAUUCGCGUCGAAAAUCGUAUGGUGCUUCUUCAAGAUCAACCUCUAGCUCACUCUCACCCUCCCCAGCCCUUUCUUCACCUACAAGACCAAGGAUGCCGUCUAUCGUCAAAAGUGAAAGCUACUUCGCUACAGGGACUGAUUCGAGCUACUACCCUCACGCUCCAUCACAACUAGCGCAAGUGGCCACAGCAUCACCAUCGACUCCCACCCUGGCCCCUAUGAUUUCGUUUCCUUCCCUGUCCCUCCCACUUCACCCAGCGCUGGCCAUGUUCCAGCGGGUACCACAGCUUCAGCGGCAGGUGGCACGGCUCUCUCAGCGAACGGUGGAGAGAUUGAUCCAACCAUACCGCAACGAGUCUGAGAGCGAAAGGCCAUUUGGAAUUCUCCCACAAGAGGUCCUCGACCGAGUGCUGCAACAUGUUGACUACUGGACCCUUCUCCAUGCCAGAGAGGUCUCCAGGACCUGCCGAAGAGUGAUCAACCCUCAACUUGCAGAUCGAGAGGACAAAAUACGGCUUGUGCGAGAUAUGGAGAACCGGCCACGCAACUGCAAAACUCACUCCGGCGGGACUGGGAAGGCGGCGAGCUGCAAGGGAAUUCCAUACAAGAUCGGAUGCUAUUUCUGCUUCACCGUCAAGGACUCGAGCCUGUUCGAGACGCCUGGUUCACAGAAGCUUUACGCCGUGGUCUGGAUCGACAACGCCACCAAGAAAGCACGCUACGAGGGGCUCGCCGAUAGUGACAAGCGAAUUCCAAAACCCGAUGACAAGGAUUUCAAGGGCGGGAUCAAGACCAUCUCUGGUAGUCAACCAAGCUCCACUGCAGAGACUAUGGGAUAUGGAGGUGGCUACGGAUCACCAGGCCAAGAGUUAGCCCAAUCGCAAGUUUGUCACUACCCAGUCACGCAGCCUUCCCAACAGAGUCUAUACAGUCCCCACAACGGAAGCCAUCAACCACAGCCGUAUCAUAAUCCUCGUCUGCAGCCACACCAGCAGCAACAAGAGCAUGCCGUCUUGAUCAGUCUGCGGAGAUACUGCAUGGAGUGUGGCAUUCAGAACAACUUUUACGGGCCACGAUCGGUAAUCAAGAGUUGGAUCCAUGAACGGAGGCUCUGGGUUUGUAACUGCGCAAAGCUGCCACCUAUUGAAAGGAUACACGAGCAGGCGAGGGAGGACUUUUGUUCUAGAUGCAAUGUGAGGGCGUCGUACCGCUAG